CCAGGUCAGGCUCGGGCCUGCGGAGCGAGGGGGCCGGGUUGGGGGAAGCCAGGGAACAACCGGGAGACCGACAGAUAGGCAAGAACGAAGGCAACGGGACAGACGCGAGCCAGAGCCGGAGACCAGCAGCUGACUGAGUGAAGACACCAAGACUCAAAGAGGCCAAGCCACUCGCCAGGGGUCACACAGCCAAAAGAGGCAGAGCCAGAACUCACCCAGAUGAUUUUUGAGUUACAGUUUCCAAACUGAUGUGUUCAAGUCAAGGGUAUGAUCAUCCUGAAGGCAUAUACCACUUAUUACCAGAUCUGGAGACGACAGGAAAAUGGCCACCUGGGAUGAAAAGGCAGUCACCCGCAGGGCCAAGGUGGCUCCCGCCGACAGGAUGAGCAAGUUCUUGAAGCACUUCACCGUCGUUGGGGAUGACUGCCACGCGUGGAACAUCAACUACAAGAAGUGGGAGAAUGAAGAGGAGGAGGAGGAGGAGCCACUGCCCACACCAGCCUCGGGCGCAGAGGGCAGAGAUGCCGAUCCUACCGCGGCCCCUGCCCCCGUGCCCAGGCCCCGCCUCGACUUCAGGACCACUUUGAGGAAGCUCUUCAGCGCCCACAGGUUUCAGGUUAUCAUCAUCUGCCUGGUCGUUCUGGAUGCCCUCCUGGUGCUCGCCGAGCUAGUUCUGGACCUAAAGAUCAUCCAGCCUGACAAGAAUAACUAUGCCGCCAGGGUGUUCCACUACAUGAGCAUUGCCAUCUUGACCUUUUUUAUGAUGGAGAUUUUCUUUAAAAUAUUUGUCUUCCGCUUGGAGUUCUUUCACCACAAGUUUGAAAUCCUGGACGCCAUCGUCGUGGUGGUUUCCUUCAUCCUCGACGUUGUCCUCCUUUUCCGGGAGCAUGAGUUUGAGGCUCUAGGGCUGCUGAUUCUGCUCCGCCUGUGGCGGGUGGCCCGGAUCAUCAACGGGAUAAUUAUCUCGGUUAAGACACGUUCUGAACGGCAGCUACUAAGGUUAAAACAGAUAAAUAUACAACUGGCCACCAAGAUCCAACACCUUGAAUUCAGCUGCUCUGAGAAGGAACAAGAAAUUGAAAGACUUAACAAGCUAUUGAGACAGCAUGGACUUCUUGGUGAGGUGAACUAGAGGCAUACCUGCUCCACCCACCCCAAAGGGAAGACCUGCCUCACGGGCUUGUGACGAGGAAGACAGCCGCCCCUCCUGGGGCCACGUUGGGGAGAGGUUUGCUUUGAUGGCUUUGUCUCACUGCUGCCAGCUCGGAUUCUGGGGGACACAGUCUUUCAGAGGCUCUAUUUCUUCCUUGGUGUGACUGAGAAUGUCCCAUCCCAUUCCCACCCCACACUGUUUAACAAAUGUAUCAUAAACUAUAUUUUUCUCAUGCUGAACACUUGACUCUUGCUUGAAAAUGAACAACAAGCUGGACAAUUACUAGCUGUAUAUAAAACUUAAUCUCAUCAAAUGUACAGUUUUCACAGUUCACACGUAUAUUAAGGAACCAGUGCAUCCUUUCAUAUGACCACUCUGAAAGACAAAAGAGAAAAAAGAGAGCUACCUUAGCUAUCAGCACAUUCUAGAAAAAUAUUUUCUAUUUCCAAGCUGUUCUAAAGAGCUAAUCACAAUGUCCCCCAAGGGGCUUGUUCUCAAGUACCCAGCCCCUCCUCUGCGUCCUCCAACUUUUAGCUGGCUCCACCCAGUUCUGCACCCUGACAACAUUUUUCUCAAUUACUGUACAAUUAAUGUAUAAAAUAAACUCUCUCCUUCCCGCAG